AUGGGUUCAGCUAAAUAUUCAGCCGUUGUGGAUAACUCGAUAGCUCGAUGUAAGAUAGGGCGGCAUUAUCCGUCGGGUAUGGAUGCGCGCGCAGCAGCGUCGCGCGGAGGGCAUCAAAUCGCCUGCGGAGGGCGGCCGUGCCGCGCGUAUUUCGUUGUCUCCCGCGCGAUCACUUGCCACAACACCUCCGACGUCGGUGAGAGGUGCGUUCCGUGCUACAUAGAUGUGCGGUCACUGACCGAUACUGGCUUAGAACACAACAUCACGCGGUUGACCUCCGCCCCGUGCGCGUUCCGUGAUCAAACGAAAUAG